AUGGAGCCAAGUGGCAGAGCCGCACUGGCUGCAGGGCUGGGGAUCCUGUGCAUGCUGGCCGUGGCCGCCGACACCAGGGUGGCUGAAGACCAAGGCCUGGUGGCCCACAGGCGCUGCUUGCUCUCACACUACCGCUCCCUGGACCCCAGGGCACUGGCAGCAGUCAAGGCUCUGAGGGACAGCUAUGAGAAGGAGACGCUGGGCUGGCAGCCCCGCAACUGCUCUGCACGCACGGCGAGGGAUCUGUCCAGGCCUUCGUCCUGCGCCUGGCUCCGCCGAGUGGCCCGAAGCAUCGCAGAAGCCCAAGUGGUGCUGGGUGGUCUGCCCAGCCCAGAGCGCUUCCCCGGAGCAGGCGCAACGCUCGAGCUGCUGGAGGCCGCCGGCAGGGACGUGGCUGCCUGUUUGCAGCUGGCCCGGCUGCGCCCCGGGAGGAGAUCUUUACAGCCCCGGAGAAGGCGCCCGGAGCUGCGCAGAGCGAACUCGGCUCGCUGCCACGAAGCCACUGUCAUCUUCAACCUGCUGCGCUUGCUCACCCGGGACCUCAGGCUGGCGGCGACCUCAGGGCCCUGCGUCUGA